AGUUCUUUUACCCUGCGCUUGUAGGAGCGGAGACUCCAGAUGAGCUGCACGGUGGCAGACAGGGCGCACAGAACUGCCUGUCCCUCUUAUUCCCAUCUCCCGUGGAGUCGCAUAGGUUGGAUGCCUGAGAGGAGAGAGAAGUUAAAUACCGAUCACUUCCGUCCCGCUGCAGAGCGUCAAGUCAAAAAGCGUUUGUUUCUCCUCCACAACGCAUCAAAGAAGUUGAAGAAGAGUGUUGGAGCAGGAGUAAUGCUGAAUGACAAUGUACAGACAAGCUGAAGGACCUGAGAGUCAUCAUUCACGCAGAGUGGCAGCAAGGUCAUCUGGCUGAGGAACGAUUCCUUUCCUGGCUUUGGAUUACUGAUAGAGCUGUCAUAAUGGACAAAAUAAUUACACAGGACCUUUAAAGGAUGAGCUCUUCAAACCAGUGGAUUGCUCUGAAGGUCAAAGCCAUCCAAGAUCAAAUGUAAUCACCAACAGUAAAAUCAGCUGGCCUUUUCACAGUUCAAGACUUCUGCUUCUGCCAGUAAAAAACAGUUAGAACUAUUCAAGGGACUGAACUGUAAAAAAAAGAUUUCCUUUUCAGAAUAAAUUUAAUCUGGGAAUUUUUCCAGGACUCUAAACUACCAGUGUGGUAUUGAAUCCCCUCACGGUGCCGACUGGAUGUGAAAUGGCUACAAGUGCUGUUGGAGGCAGGAGAGUGAAGAAUGGAUGGAAAACAUCAAUGUUGUUCUUCAGCAACAUGCUUUUCAAUGCCCCUACAACCUUUUUCUCCCAUAAUUUUGCAACUGAUUAGUGAGCAAGUCUUGUCAAAUCUGUUAUUUCUGACACCAUCAAAUCUUUUAAAGGUAUUCCUUAAUCCAUUCGUUUCACUGCUACAGAUUCUAUUUUAAAAAAAUACAAGAAUCUCAGUGAGAGGGCAGGGGAGGUAGUCUGAAGAAUCAAAUUGACUGGCCAUGUGACGAUACAAACAUGCUCUCACCGGGCGGUACAAACCCAAUAUGCUCCACGACCUGCCCUUGUAUUCAGCAGAUAACUUCAGAUUGAUUUGUGAUCCCAUGGAUUAACUUUCAAGUUCUUUCAACAAGACAUUUUGAUUUUGCCCUGGUGGACUUGUUUUUUGUACAUAACUACGAGUGAAAAAUCUUUUGUGUCUGCAUCUUUGAUUUUACAUGUAGACACUGGCCAAUUUCUUUUUUUCUUUUUCCCAACAACAUGGUUCCCCUUUGGACAGCAGGACCGUGGACACUAUUGGCAGCACUGGGUCUUUUGAGCUGCUGUUGUUUUAAGUGGUCUGAGGCCUCAAGGACUAGUGGCACAAACUCAGGAGGGAGUGAACAACAAGAAGAACCCUCAUCGCUUGAAAGAGUAAAGAGAGGAUGGGUGUGGAACCAGUUUUUUGUGGUGGAGGAGUACACGGGCACAGAGCCACUAUAUGUAGGAAAGAUCCAUACAGACUCAGAUGAAGGUGAGGGCAAUAUCAAGUACACCAUUUCAGGAGAGGGGGCAGGGUCCAUCUUCAUCAUCGACGAGCUUACAGGGGACAUACAUGCUACAGAGAGACUGGACCGAGAGGAGAAGGCUUUUUACACGCUUCGAGCUCAGGCCCGAGACCUUCUCACCAAUGCCCCUCUAGAACCGGAGUCUGAGUUUGUCAUCAAGGUCCAGGACAUCAAUGACAGUGAGCCCCAAUUCUUGGAAGGCCCCUACAUCGGCAGUGUGGCAGAACUGUCACCUACAGGAACGUCUGUCAUGAAGGUUACUGCUUCAGACGCUGACGACCCUACAUACGGCAGCAGUGCAAGAGUGGUUUACAGUGUACUGGAUGGAGAAAAGUUCUUCACUGUUGAUAGACAUACUGGAAUAAUCAUGACAGCAGUAGCAGAUUUGGACCGCGAGACACAGGAUCGUUAUGAGUUGGUCGUCAAGGCAACAGACAUGGCAGGACAAAUGGGUGGUCUCUCCGGCUCCACCACGGUGACCAUAGUGAUCACAGACGUUAAUGACAACCCACCACGCUUUCCACAGAAGAUGUACCAGUUUUCGGUGUCAGAAGGGGCAGCUGUGGGGACACCGGUUGGGCGCGUCAUUGCUACUGAUGCAGACAUGGGGGAGAACACAGAUAUGAGCUAUCUGAUCAUUGACGAAGGAGAUCUCUUCAAGGUCACUACAGAUGUUGAAACACAGGAAGCUGUUGUCUCCAUCAAAAAGCCGCUGAACUUCGAGAGCAAGAGGAUCCAUAGUGUUAUUGUGGAGGCAGUAAAUAAACACGUUGAUUCUCGCUUUGUUGACCUGGGCUCUUUCCGAGAUCAGACAAUCGUUAAAGUGACUGUGUGGGAUAUUGAUGAGCCACCCAUCUUUCUACCAGCGGAAGGUGCUGUCAUGGAAGUCCAGGAGGAUGCUAAAGUUGGAUCUCUCAUUGGCGUUGUUACGGCCAGGGAUCCAGAUGUGAUGAACAAACCUGUGAGGUUUUCCAUUGAUCCGACAACAGAUCAGGACAUGAUCUUCCAUAUUGAUGCUGAGUCUGGUGCCAUUACAUUAGGGAAGAUUUUGGACCGAGAGACGGCAGGUUGGCACAACAUCACUGUGAAGGCUGUAGAAGCAGAUAACCACACAAUGGCGUCCUUUUCAGCCAUUAGUAUUCGGAUCCUGGAUGUAAAUGACAAUCCUCCUGAACUGGCUACACCAUAUGAAGCUGCUAUAUGUGAAGAUGCCAAGCCAGGCCAGUUAAUUCACACCAUCAGCGUAGUGGAUAGAGAUGAACCACAAGCUGGACAUCGUUUUUUCUUCACACUACCAUCAGAGGCUGCCAGCAGUCGUCACUUCACCUUGUGGGAUGUCAAAGACAACACAGCUGGCAUCCGUACCCAGAAGUCAAGCUUUAACCGCCAUGAACAGAAUGUGUACUUCCUGCCCAUUCUUGUUGUUGACAGCGGACCUCCCUCCCUCAGCUCAACGGGCACCCUGACCAUCCAUGUUUGUGGCUGCGACACAGAGGGAGCCAUCCAGACCUGCAAUGCAACAGCCUAUGUAAUGAGUGCAGCUCUUAGCCCUGGGGCUCUUAUAGCACUACUGGUCUGCAUGCUCAUACUAAUAGUUCUUGUCUUGCUGAUCCUCACCCUUAAACGCCACAGGAAAGGCCAAAGGAUGGCAGAGGACGAGGAGGACAUGAGAGAUAACGUCAUCAAAUACAAUGACGAAGGCGGAGGGGAGCAGGACACUCAAGCAUAUGACAUGAGCGCACUGAGAAACCUCUAUGACUUCCCAGAGGCCAAAAGCUGUGACUCUGGACCGGACAUCCGCUCGUUGCCUCAGUGGAUACAGGCAAACAGAGUGGGAGGUGGGGUGGACGGAGCUAUGGCAGCAGCAACAGACUUCUCCCUUUUCAAAGGCUACAUACGAAAGAAGGUGGAGCAGGCUGAUGCUGAUUUGUCAGUGCCGCCAUAUGACUCAUUCCAGACAUACGCCUUUGAGGGCACCAGUUCACCUGCGCUUUCACUCAGUUCAAUCCACACACUGUCCACCACAUCUGAGCUGGAUUUCUCCUACCUCAGCGACUGGGGGCCACGCUUUAGGCAACUGGCAGGCUACUAUGCUCCAGGAAAGACUGAGGAGGAAGCAUCCUAGCACAGUUUCUUAUCUACAGAGAGACAGUUAAACACUCCUUUUCCCUCGUUUUUUCUGUCUCCUCACCCUCUGGCACUCUACUAAAAUCAUCAGAGCUAACCUUCUGUGCUCAUUUCAGUCAGAGUGCAACCUCUUCAUCUCACUUUGGAAAUUCUCCAAUGUAGACUUUGAGCUCUGAGACGACAUUGAUUUUAAACUUUUGUUGUGAUUUUUCUUGAAAUAUUUUUAGGCUAUAAAAAUGGGGGCAUAAAAAGUGCUAUUUAGUAAAUUUUUUUUGUUUGUUUGUAAAGGGAUUAUUUUCUGCACCCAACAUGCAGCUCUUUAGUUAAAGCUUCUAUAUGACGCUGAGAGUGACGAGAAUCAUUAUUACUUGGGUAAAACUUAGUAAUAUGGAAGUGCACUGUUUGAAUGACAUAUUUAAAAAAAAGGAAAAUUCGUAUAUUUAUUUAUUUUUAUUUAUUUAUUUAUUCAUACGAUGGUAACUCUUAGUGUUGAAUACAAAUUAUUGGAGAAUGACUUCACUAAAGGAGAAGAAAGAGCAGCAGUGCCAGAUCAUUACACAAAACACAAGUACCGAAGUAAUAAGUGGGCCAUCUAAAAAUUACACACUGGAAAAAUGUUUUAUUUUCUUUGAUAAGUUUUGUACAAUAACCCACUGAAGAGAAAUACAAAACAGAAAGAAUGCAGUCUGGAUCUUUCAGCCUGAAAAAAAAACAAACAUAUUUUUUUGUGGUUUAUUAAAAGAUACAUUUUGAAGGUGAGAAAGUGAGGACAAUUGUGUGUUAACAGUGUCUUUUUCCUACUUUCUCUGCAGCCAUUUGUGGGGCAACAAGGCACAAACUGCUGCAGGGUUUCACAAAAAAAUAAAAACAAAUGACUGUUUUAUGAAGCUGGUUGGUGGUCAACUUUGUGACAAAAACAGCCAGAAGUUAUUUCAUAUUUUUUGUGUGAGUGUGUAAAAUAUGUUGAUUCCAUUUUAUAAUCGAAGUGUUUUAUUUUAUUUUAUUAAUUGUUGGGUUGUUUUCAUUGGGCUUGGGGAGGUUGUGGUAACACAUGAUCAGAUUGGAUCACAUCAACCUUUUAUCCCAAGUUAUUCCAUGUUUACCUUAAAUUGCAAAUGUAUGGAAAAAUUAUAAAAAAGAAAAAAACCAAUAAAUAUUUAAC